AUUUGUGGAGAACAUCAUGUAUGGCAAGUGGGAGAAGCAGCCGGAGGCAAGGGUCACCCAGCAGCUGGAAGAGAUCACUAUGCACUUCGAUCUGUCCGAACCUGCGGACAGCGAAGUCACUGCGCCAACGGCAAGCGGUACUGAUGAAGGAAGCAAUGAGGAUAUUGCAGCUGAUGCUGAAGUCAAUGAUCCGGAGCAGCAGCAGCAAGAGGCUUCCAAAACACCAAGUCUGCCAAAGCGAAGGAAACAGAUUGGUGGGGGGACAAAGGAUUGGGUGAAGGUGAAAGAAUGGGUAAAUCCAACCAUCUACCCUGCACGUACCAGAAUGGCAACGAGAAAGCUGUUGAGCUCCACAAGUGGAGGAGCCACAACUGAGCAGCAGGAACAGGCUCAAGGCGAAGAUGCAGUGCUGUUCUUGGGUGAUGACCAAGAGUCAGAUGACGAGGAGCCUGCAUACUGCUUUUACGCACCAAUACAACCUCCGAGCAUGGAUCAUGCGCUAGCCGGGCCUCAACGGGGGAAGUGGCUCGUUUCAAGAGAUGCAGAGUACAACAGCCAGAUGGAGAAUCACACAUGGGACCUGGUGUACUUGCCAAAUGGGAAGAAGGCAAUACAGUGCAAGUGGCUGGCAAAAAUCAAGACGGAUGAGAAAGGAGAGCCAUCAGUUUACAAGAGCAGGCUGGUGGCAAAGGGGUUUCAGCAGAAAGCGAAGGAAGAUUACAAAGAAGUGUUUGCCCCAACUGCUAAGUCUCCAACGCUACGUGUGCUGCUGGCGGUAGCUGCUGUGCGCAAAUGGAAGGUGAAGCAGAUGGACAUCGUAACCGCUUUUCUGUAUGGCAUUGUGGAAGAGGAGGUAUACAUGGUUCAACCACCUGGCUAUGAGGAUGGAACCGGUCGUGUCUGCAAACUUAACAAGGCCAUCUAUGGCUUGAAGCAGGCCCCGAGAUGCUGGUACAACAGGCUGGCCAGUGCACUGGAAGGGAUUGGAUUCCGUGCGAGUGCAUGCGACGAGAGCCUAUUCCUGAUGAGCGAGGGGGAGUCGCUUGUGCUUCUGCUGGUGUACGUGGAUGACAUCCUGCUCUUCAGCAGCAGUGACAAGGAGAUCGAUGGGGUGCAGCGGAAGCUCACAGAGCAGUUCAAGUGCAAGUCACUUAGAGAGGCAAGGUACUACCUGGGAAUGCAUAUUGAGCGGGAUACUGAACGUGGCUGGCUCAAACUGCAUCAGGGACAGUACAUCAACACCUUGGCUGAGAAGUACUCUCUGCAGGAAGAACGGGAAGUGGUCACACCUUUGCCUUCCGAGUUCAAACUCAUAAAGGCAGCUGAAGGAGAAGGAGUUGAGAGUGAAGACCAGAGGCAAUUCCAAUCCAUGGUCGGGAACCUACUCUACGCUGCUGUGCAUACUCGGCCUGACAUCAGCUUUGCUGUGGGACAGCUGGCUCGAGUAGUGCAAAAUCCAACAGAAGAGCAGUGUGGUGCAGCGAAGAGAGUGGUGCGCUACCUCAAGUCAUACCCUACAGUGGGAGUACAGUAUUCAGCCUCUGCUCAACUCAGUCAAAAAAGAAUUGAAGUCCUCAAAGAGAAGGGGAGCAGCUCGGAGAAGGAAAGGUGUUCCUUUCCUGUUUUGCUGAUGCCACGUGGGCUUCUGAGCAUGAGGAUUCAUCAUCAGUUGGUGGAUACAUCUGCAUGGUGGGAGGUGGGCCUGUAAGUUGGAGGUCCAAGAAGCAGUCUGAGACGGCACUAUCUUCAGUGGAAUCUGAGUACAUGGCGAUGUUUCAUGCGGCAAAAGAAAUCAUCUGGCUAAGGAGGCUCUUGAAGGAGAUCGGCCAUGAACAGACUUGUGCGACACCUCUGUUCAGUGAUAGCAAGGGAGCCAUUGCCAUGGCACGCAAUGCAGUUCUUCAUGGGUUGAACAAGCACAUGAGGAUCAUGUGGCAUUGGCUGCGGAAGGAGGUGAAGCUUGGGACACUGGAUCCGAUCUACGUGAAAACUCAGCAACAGCCAGCCGACUUCCUUACCAAGCGGCUAGCUGAAGAGCCACACUGGCGCUGUGCGAGGAUGGCGGGAAUGUCCUUGAACUAGAGACGGCGAAACAAGCCGACAGUCUGAGGGGAGUGUGUUGGUGCAUAUUCGUUUGCACGUCAUCCUGUCGUCUGUUCGCAUCAUUUCGUUGCAUGUGUUUUGUGUGCUACGUUGUUUGUAUGGUUUGUUGGGUUUGCAUGUCUUUGCAUGUUCAUCUUGUGCUUGUGCAGAUGUGCUUGGAUUGUGCAUGACAUCGAGCACAUUCCAACGAGCCAAGAAUUGUUGGAAUCGGAGCACAUAUGAAGAAGUUACGAAGAAAUGUUUGAUGGAUUUGUUACAACUCAUUGGAAGUCCUUGUCAGCUGCUACACCAAAGUUGGAGAGCCCUAUAACGAGGAGGGACCAGCAUGUGUGGGACUUUUGUCCCCACCUUGCAGCUGCAGCAUUUGGGGUUUGGAGGCCAACCUGGCACAGUGUGAAAUUUGUCUUGCCAGGCUGGCUGAACCUGAGGAUGGGGAGUCAAAACUUUGACUCUUGUCAUGUUCUUGACCAUGGGCCUCCAGGGUCCUUCCCUUUCAUCCUUCACUUCCUACCCCACCUUCCAACUAUGCUUCAAUGCCUUUUCCAUCAUGUCUCUGAACUUGUAAGCUUCAAUCAUAGUGACUCUGAGGACUGUCAACUUCUCCUA